AUGGGUUCGGGAUUUUUGGCAGAACUGAAUAAGUUGAAAAACUGCCAAGAAUAUUUGGAAAAAAGUAAUAAAGUGUUGAACAAUUUCGCGAAAUAUGACUGUGGGGUGGAUUUGGGAGAGUUUUUUUCGUCUCUCGAACUCGAAAGAAAAAAUGAAAAUGAACAACUCGCAAGUCAGGUAAAAGAAAUUUGGUGCUUGUUGAGUGCCGAGAAAAAACUAUUGAAGGAAGGAAAUUUGGAAUUACUAGAUAUUCGUUCUUUUAAAAAGAGAAUGAUCGGUCUCCAGGAUAAGAUUUAUAAAUUGAAAAUUAAAGUCGCAGCCAAUUAUGAAACAUUAAAAGAGCAAGAAGUGGGUUUAUCAGAAAUUACAGAAACGUUCAACAGUAAAAUACCAGAGUGGGAAAAAAGUGUAAAUAUUUCCAAACUCCACAACUGCAAAACCUACAACAAGUCAUUAAAAUUUGAUAGUGACUAUAAAGAAGUAAAGGAAUUUAUGGAUUUCGUUAACAAAAGCAAUGGGCAUGAAAAUGGGUGGGCAAGUGAGGAUCACCAACUUUUCCUAAAGCUUCGAAAUAAAUACAAGACCGUUGAUGAUUUGGCCCUAAAUUUGCACCGACUGUUACCUGACAUCACUCCUACCGCUGUUAGAGAGCAUGAAGCCUGGUUCACUAAAUAUUUAUUUUUAAAGAGAAAAAAAGACGAAGCGCUUGAUAAGUGGCGCAAGCUGAAAACCGAAAAUGUACCACAACAUAAUAACGAUGAACAAAUGUGUGAAAAUAAAACCAAAAAUAAAAUAUUUCGAAAAUGUGAUGACGAAGACGUUCAAAAGAAAAUCGCUCAGUGGAAAGCCGAGAAGGAAUUAAAACGUCAACAAGAAAAAUUUAUGGAAGAAAUACGAAAAGAAAAAAUUAAGCGUCUCGAAAUGGACAAAAAGCGCCUUCAUUAUCAAACGAAAGAGACAGUGACCAAAUGGAAAGAAGAGAAACUUGUUAAGGAAUUUAACGAAAAAAUUCUGCAAGAAGUACUAGAUGAGCAAGAAAGAAAAAUAAGGGCUUUUGAAGCCAAUAAAAGAAUCAAACAGUUCCAAUCGCAAGACGAUAUUUACAUCGGAAGAAUGCGAUCCAGCAAAUGCACCAAAAAAACGCAAAUACCGGUCAGAAGCAAAUCGAGUUAUUCUGUGCCAAGAGAUCCCGAAAGGCUCUUAAAACCUACCAAACAGUGGCUAGUACGCACUUCAAAAAAUAAUUUUCUGGAAGAAAAUACUUCCGCUUACGUUCCAAACAUCAAACAUGUACCGAAAUUGGGAAUACCCGACUGGCGAAAAAACACCUAAAGCUUGUACAAAAUAGUGUUUUAUUCUUAAGUAGAAUUUGGUGUCCUUGUUACAUUUUUGGUAUUUUUUAAACAAAAUGUUAUAAUAUAAAAUCCAUAUGUACAAAAAU